AUGAGCAAUCCUGCUGCUCCGGAUGUCCCGGACGAUAAAGGCGAGGUCAAUUCGAGUUCAACAGUGGCUCUUGUACCACCACCAAGAAAAAAGAGAAUUCUGAUUCCGGAACAGUCGUCCGCACCACCACCGCCACCACCGGCACAAGCUGAUAGCUCGGAGGUGAAACCAGGUGCAGUUGGUCGUGUUCAAUGUGGGUCCUGUGCUAGAGUUCAACGUCGUCCGAGACCAUCCGUUCCACCGCCGGCACCACCAACUCCAGUCGCAGAUUUGACUCCAACCGAAGGGUCUUUGUUCACCACUGCUUCUUCUUCUUCUGGACCGAAAAUCUGA